AUGGCCAUGGCCGAGGUCGGCUCCGCUUCCUCGACCUCGGGAGUGGUGCACUCGGUGCAUGAUGCUGUCCUUGCAACACAUGCGAGAAGCAUUGCUGUCCAGCGACAAACGAACUGCCAGGCCAACAAUGCCCCCUCUCGAAGCCAAUCGAGACAGAAAAUGUCGGCUCCCAUCAACCCAGAGCUGAGGAAGCAAGUCAUUGCCAUCUACAAGCAACUACUCUACCUCGGCCGUGACUACCCCUCGGGCUACCAAUUCUUCCGGCCGCGCCUGCACAGGGCCUUCAUGGCCAACGCCGGCCUGCGCGACGAGGAAAAGAUAAAGGACGGCAUCAAGAGGGCAGAUUUCGUGCGUAAAGAGAUCGAGGCGCUGUGA